UCCCGCUUCCUGCGUGUUUUAUAUGAUUUCUCUCCGUUUCCCACCUCCUCCCCUUCAAGGAGCAAGUCUCGCUGGAACUCCAAUUCCCGUUUUGUCAGAAUAGUAAAUAUGGCUGAGGAGCUAUUCACUCACAUUUGGACCAUGAGUGAUCUGUGAAUUUGAAUCCCAAAACUUAACUGUGACACGUUGGAAUGGAAAAUUGCAACUGAAUGCCAUGAACGCUGUGAUUUCAUUCUGUAUAACCGGCACCGUCCACUUGGUUGAAAGACUGCUCUCCACCAUCUCCACAGCAAACUAGAGGCUUUCACGGAAGCGAAGCGGAGGAAGGCGUCGACCCAGAUUUAUUUGAGUUUUUGGAGGGGUGAACCACAGUAACCACCACCGCCCCCCCCAACUCCCCUACCCAACAUGUGCUAGUUUCUGCUCCACAAGCUAGGAUGAGGCGUUCCGUGCUGGACAGGGCGACCAGCCAAUCACAGCCGACCUUUGGCCCUCAUUGACGUCAUCGCACCAAUCAGCAUCGCCGAGGGCGGGACUGAACGUCAGUCCGGAGCUUGAUAUGUGGCUACAUUGUCAAUGCUGCCCCGCAGCUGAUCUAUGCUGCAAGACCUGCUGAGUGUUUUCACCAAUCUCCUUUUCCAUUUAUGUACUUCUAAAGUGUCCUGAUGGUUGUUUAAUCUAGGAAAUGCAGCUGCUCAAUUUCACACGUACAGGAUCUGUGCCUAGAUCUGCCAGUUAUUGAGGAAAGGUGUUGGGUAUCCAGAGUUUGGACAGACUGGAGACCCCUGCAGUGGGCAGUACAGAAAUUGAAGGACCCCACAAAUGUCUUUGAGCCUCCAGACUUGUCUCAUUUCACAAAUUUUAACUCAGCCGACCAAAGAUCACUCUAGGCAUAGGUGGAUCUUUCCCUGAAGAAACUUCUGGAAGGUUGAGUGUAAACUUUGUGAGAAUGGGUAUACAGGCCUGCUUUGUGUAAUCUCUCGUUGCAAUUGAAGCUCUGAAGCCCAGAUAUUGUUCCGGUAAAUCUUCACUGCACUCCUUCCAAAGUCAGUAUAUCCUUCCCAAGAUGUGAUACCCACAGCCACUAUCAAUAUUCCAGGUGUGGUCUAACCAUGGCUUUGUAUAGCGGAAACCUGACUUCUAUUCCCCUUUGUUCGAGACCUCCAGAUUUAAAGUCACAGAGAGUGAAACCAGCGAAAGAGGGCGCCUCGGAGAGAAGUCCUGUUAUGGAGGGUGGAAUGCAGCUGCUAAACCGCGAUGGCCACAGUAUCUCCCACAAUUCCAAGCGCCACUACCAUGAUGCUUUUGUAUCGAUGAACCGAAUGAGGCAACGGGGAUUGCUGUGCGAUAUCGUCCUGCACGUGGGCAGUAAAGAAAUCAAGGCACACAAACUGGUGCUAGCUUCAUGUAGCCCUUACUUCCAUGCCAUGUUUACCAAUGAGAUGAGUGAGAGUCGCCAAACCCAUGUGACAUUACAUGAUAUUGACCCUCAGGCCUUAGAGCAGCUUGUACAAUAUGCCUACACUGCCGAGAUUGUGGUGGGCGAAGGAAACGUACAGACACUGCUUCCUGCAGCAAGCCUCUUGCAGCUGAAUGGUGUUCGAGACGCCUGUUGUAAGUUCCUUCUGAGCCAACUUGAUCCAUCCAACUGUCUGGGAAUCCGAGGAUUUGCUGAUACACAUUCCUGCAGUGACCUGCUCAAAUCUGCACACAAGUAUGUGCUCCAGCACUUUGUGGAGGUUUCCAAAACUGAGGAAUUUAUGCUGCUGCCACUUAAACAGGUGCUAGAUCUUAUCUCCAGUGACAACCUGAAUGUUCCUUCUGAAGAAGAAGUGUACAGAGCUGUGCUGAGCUGGGUCAAACACGAUGUGGAUGGAAGACGGCAGCACGUGCCCAGACUGAUGAAAUGUGUCCGUCUGCCUCUCCUGACUCGGGAUUUUCUGAUGGGCAAUGUAGACACGGAGCUUCUGGUCAGACACCACUCGGAGUGCAAAGACCUCCUCAUCGAAGCCCUCAAAUAUCACCUAAUGCCUGAACAGCGGGGAGUCCUCAGCAAUACCCGAACCAGACCUCGGCACUGUGAAGGUGCCAGCCCCGUCCUCUUCGCGGUGGGUGGUGGUAGCCUGUUUGCCAUCCAUGGAGAUUGUGAAGCCUAUGACACAAGGACAGAUAGGUGGCACAUGGUCGCCUCCAUGUCGACACGGCGUGCGCGAGUUGGCGUAGCGGCGAUUGGGAACAGGCUGUACGCGGUCGGGGGGUACGACGGCACUUCUGACUUAUCGACUGUUGAAUCCUAUGAUCCGGUAACCAAUUCCUGGCAACCGGAGGUAGCCAUGGGAACGAGACGGAGCUGCCUCGGUGUGGCGGUGCUACAUGGCUUGCUGUAUGCGGCUGGUGGUUACGAUGGCGCGUCGUGUUUGAACAGUGCAGAGAGAUUCGACCCUCUGACUGGAACAUGGUCAUCGGUUGCCGCAAUGAGCACAAGGCGGCGUUAUGUCCGAAUUGCAACAUUAGAUGGAAACCUCUACGCCGUCGGUGGAUAUGACAGCUCCUCACAUUUAGCAACAGUGGAAAAAUACGAUCCACAGACCAACACAUGGACCACUAUUGCUAAUAUGCUGAGUCGUCGAAGCAGUGCUGGGGUAGCGGUGCUGGAAGGGAUGCUGUAUGUUGCUGGUGGGAAUGAUGGAACCAGCUGUCUGAACUCUGUGGAAAGGUAUAAUCCAAAAACCAACACGUGGGAGAGUGUGGCACCCAUGAACAUCAGAAGGAGCACGCACGACCUUGUAGCAAUGGAUGGGUGGCUUUAUGCAGUUGGUGGCAAUGAUGGGAGCUCCAGCCUUAAUUCCAUUGAAAAAUACAACCCUCGCACCAACAAGUGGGUGGCAGCUUCGUGCAUGUUCACACGACGAAGCAGUGUGGGCGUCGCCGUUCUGGAACUACUGAACUUCCCCCCUCCAUCGUCUCCCACUCUCUCAGUUUCUUCAACCAGCCUCUAACAUCUGAGUCCAGCCAGGCCUUAACCUCAUGAUGAACACAGUCCUUUACGAAGCAGCCAGUUUGCUCUCCCUGGGUUCAUGACAAGGGAGCUCUGGGUGCUAUUCCUCCUGUUCAACAAGAACGAAAACAGGGGACCGAGGUUGGACCUCAAGUGGCGAAUGUUCUGUGAGCAAUUUGCCAAAAAACAGGGGCAGUGUCUGAUUGAACGAUAACAGUGCACGCGCCCACCUACAAUGAUCUGGUCACACAACAUAAAGGGUGUCAUUUGAGGCCAAGGAGUCAGGUUUGAAACUUCCACCAUUCAUGUGGAGAUUUUGUGUUUCUUUGAACCCCCCUAUCUCUCUCUCUGUCUCUCUCUCUCUCUCUCUCUCUAAAGAACUGGCACAGAGAACAACGCUGCCAGGGUUUCGGAAAUUUUGGCAAAUGCCAGAGUUUCUCCGUAACUCAACACGUCUCCAUUGGGAAAACGCAGGCUGUUAUUUCUGGAAUUUUAUCCCACGGUUGUCAUCGGUAUUUUCACGGCAUGAUGCACGUUUCUUUAAUUCCAGUGAAAAUAAAUGACAGCCCGCUGUCGACCAUAAAGGCUGCACAAUGGACACUGACCACUGUCGUUGAGCCCCUCUCCUCCACAACACCACUUUUAAUAACUUUUUUUGUUGAAACCUUUCUCUGUUAUCUUCAAGGCUAUGUAGCAUUACAGAUUGUACAACAUAUCAACUCCUUCCUGAGAACCUUGGUAAACCAAGGUAGAAGACAGCAGUGCACAGAAAAUAUGACAAAGAGAGUUUAACAGCCGAAUAGACCUAAUUAUUCCACAUCUUUUUGUACUGAUCAACAAAAAUAAUUCAGAAAUCGAUUGCAUACCUCGUACUUUUGCUAAAAUAUAAUCUCCAGGAGAUUCUACUGUAGCACUUGCAUUUUAUCACUCAACUUAUACUGUCAAUGAGAAGUUACCGCUGACCAGAGGUGAUAAUAUGUUUAAUUUAAUUUUUAUCUUUUAAAUGUGAAGUGUGUUGACUUUUUAUGCAUUUGAAUUUUUUUUUUAAACUUGGUUUAUGUUUCUGAGUAUUUUACUUAAGUUAUUGUCUAUCUCUGGUCAGGGAAUUGUUGCCAGGUAGAAGGGCAAAGAGAAGAUUUUGGUUGCUGAUUUUAUGGGGAAGGUAAGGAUUGGGGAUUAAUCCAAGAAGCAUUGAGUAAUGCUUUCUUCCCAAAUUUCUCUUCAGUAGCAUGGACGGUAUGUAAUAAUGAAAUAUUACACAGUUUACAUUUUUUGGUUGUGGCCCAUGCUACUUCUGUUUCUCAUGUUACCAUGUCCUUUAGGCAAUAUGUUCUCGUGUGUUCCUCUAGCAAACCCAGUGUCACAUUAAAAGCUACUUUCUUGAGGGCAAAUGUCACUGUGUCAGGUGGCUCCUCAGCGUGUGUAUAACGGUACGUGUAUGCCUAAAAUUCACAUCACGUAAACAGGUGUCAGUAUUUUACGUUUUCUCACGCUUCUGUAACUCAACAGACUCCUCCAAGUUCUAGAGAUGGACGAUUGAGUACUGAGGGGAUAAAUCGAUGAGGAUAAUGUCAACUGAGACAGCUCUUGUUACCCCCCCAAGCUAGGGCACUGGAAAGCUUGUCCUGCUGCUGACUCCUGUGUGGGCCGCUAGAUUGAGGACAGCAUCAGAUUGGACUGUGACGGUCUUGUAGUUAAAUAGCUUGCCAAGUGGCAGUUUGGUGGGGAGAUGGGUGGCAUUGGUGUUCCUGAUGUGCUGACAUGAAUUUGGCAGCAUUUUGUAAGAAACCCCUCCUUUUGCAUCAGUUUAACUGAGGAUGUAAUGGUGGCUGAUCGAGUGAGGACAACCCCUUUGUUCUAGCAGUACUCUCGAUCACCAUCAUGAGGUGCUGGUGAGCCAACUGUAUCUGAACUUUGACCCUCCAGGUGCCAACAGUUUAUUGGAUUGAAGAAAGCAGGUCAACUGACCAGAAGUACUCAACUUUGAGAGUAGAUUCACCAAUCUCUCUCUCUCUCUCUCUCAUAUCCCAGGAGUUGCUGCUCCCUAAUAAAACUUAAAUUGGCGACACGUAGAACUAACUGCUGAAUAGAUUAUCUCUUUCUCCAUCCCAUUGCUCAUCAGCAACAGCCAAUUCCACCUACUUUCCCCUUGUUCUUGCAGUAGCCUGUCAUCUGUCCGUACAGUAAAUGUAAAAUAGAAAGAAAAGCCUCCUGUACUGGGUUACACUGAACAUUAAUAAAUGAACCAGCUAGCAUGUAAAUAAUUGCAAAAGUAAAUCCAGGAAAUGUAUGUUUCCAGCAAAACAGUCUCUUGUUGUACAAAAUACGGUUGUAAAAGAGAUUUGAUUUUGGGUUUUACGUCAAUUUUCACCAUGGUUUCUAACAAAAUUAUUGUCAGUUUUGAAGCCAGAUCUUUUCAGUAGAUUACCAAAUAACACAGUUAAUAUGGGUUUGAAGUUGUUGAAUUCUAAAUGUUCAGGUUUCUCUUUUUUUCACAAUAAGUUUCUGAGGAUGUAUUAAAUCAAACCCUAUAGAAUAUUGUGCCAGAUAUCCACACAAUGAUUUUUCCAGCCUCUAACUUCAAUGACCCCAUUUGUCUCUGUUAUGGACCCUGGCCUCCACAUAAAAUAUUCUUUGUCCAACAUGGUUCAACACAUCUGCAUCAUGUAAUAGGACUCUAUAUAAUAGAGAUUUGUUCUUUUUAAUUCCUUCCAUAUUUGAACAAAAAACAAUAUGUGUUAUGCCACUUUUGUUUUUUUUACUGUUUCUACCCUGGAUAUAUUGCAUCGAUCCCCUUGAUUGGAAUAAUUGGAUUAUCCAAACACAAGCUGUUCAUGUGAUAAUUCAACCCAUUUCCAACCUGUCUCAAGCCUUGGGAAAACAUUGGUCAAGUUUCUGCUAGCACUAAGUAGGUUAAUCCUUUUAACUUUGUCAUUUAUGAACUGACUUACAAUACAUUUCUUCAGAAAAAAAGACACAUAUAUUUAAUUUAAUAAGAGGCUUCACCAUAAGAAACGGAAAAUGUGUACAGCAUCUUUUUAGCGCUUAGCAGAGCUGUUAUUAAAUGAAAACCAAUACUUGUAUGCCUCUUUCAGUCAGAUAGUUGGGAAUCUACAUGUGCACUGCAAAGUGAUUUAGAAUUUGUUUGAGUGAAUGUAUAAGAGAAGAAUUGUGACUACUUUUGGAUAUAGUUUCACAGCCAUGAUGUUUACCUGUCAGUUAUUUGGAACCUUUGCCUUGUCCCUGCAGGGCCAGCUUCAAUGUAGCACUUCUACCCCCAUCUCCCCCUCAUUCAAAAUCAAAGAAGAAUUACUUGCUUUGAAGAGCAAAACAGCCCCUCGCUGGCACAGGGAGCUGGGUUUCAGGUUAGUUUGUGCAAGAUGGUUAGGCACGCUGCAACAAAGAUACAAAUGCACAAGCUUGUCGGUCUUCAAAAUAGUUGAUCCUGAUUUAUUUUUCUGAGAUUACAAUUCAUGAACUCUGUGUGUGUCUGUGUGUGUGUGUGCGUGUGUGUGUAUGUUUAAGAUUUUUUUUUGUCAAUUGGAUAAACAGACCUGAACAGAAUCUAGUGCAAUCGUUUUUGUUUUUACGUAUGCUGGUAUGAAGAAAAUGACAUGUUUGAACAGGGUGGGUGAAGCACCGUGGGUUUAUAUUAAUUUACAGUUAAUAUAUGUGAAACCUGUUGCUUAUUUAUAUGUAAUUUAUGUUGGCAUACUUAUGUGAAAUGUUUUCAUUACCUUUGCACUAUACUUUAAAACGAAAUCAGCAAUACAAAAUACUAUGUAAAAUAAAUGUUUUUUUCCAUCA